CAUCUUCUUGUGUGUGCGUCUUCCUAUUUACUAGAGCUCUCUUCCGACCCGGCGGCUUUUUCUGCAGGACAAAGUCCGUCCGCAACGCCACCACCAUGUGUGACACUGCCAAGAAAUCUGCCUCGCAUCUGUACCUGCAAGCCGAAGCUCGCCCCUCGCGGUCGGGAAGCGAUGUGCUUCCAGUAACAAAGUCAUCGAGCAUUUAUACGCUGCUUGACGUCCAGGCGGGCCCGCUGAUCCACGAGAAGCUUCCUCCGGAAGUCAUGCUCUUAAUCUUUUCACACAUGGAUGUGGUGUCACUUUGUCGAUGUGCUCAAGUCUCGAAGUACUGGAACUUUCUUGCCCUGGAUGGCAGCCUGUGGCAAAACAUUGACUUUUUUGCCUUCCAAAAGCACGUUCAAGACUCGCACAUUGAGCACAUUGCUCGGCGCUGUGGCAAUUUCCUCCGUCGGUUGAGCUUGUACGGCUGCGAAAAUGUCUAUGACAAGGCGAUCCGAGUUUUCGCACGCCACUGCCAUAACAUUGAAGAUCUGAAUCUUUCGCAGUGCACUGCCCUGACUGACUUUACAGUCCAGGCCAUCAGCGUCGAAUGCCAUGCCAUCAAACGCCUGUCUCUCGCAAAUUGCACGCAGAUAACCGACUUGAUGUUCCCGUUCCUCGCUCGGGGUUGCCCUGAGCUGGAAGAGCUUGAUGUCUCUUGGUGCUCAAUGAUGGGACGCUUCGGGCUCAAGCUGUAUGCGACCGACACUGGAUCCCAGUUUGGCGCACACUUUACCACACGCUUGCGCUUUCUUCGUUUGAAGGGAUGCUCACGCAUAACUGACGCCGGGUUGGACGUACUCGCAGCCGCGUGUCCAGAGUUGCGGGGCAUCGACCUGACUGCCUGUAUCUGUGUGGGCGACGUUGGCAUUCGCUCACUGGCAAGGCAUUGCCCAAAACUCGAAAGGCUGUGCAUCUCCCAUUGCCCAUUGAUUUCUAACGCUGCUCUCAAGUGUCUGGGUGAAGCGUGUCCCGAUUUGCUGUCUCUGGAAUGCGCCGGCUGUGUGCGUGUCACUGAUGCUGGCGUGGAGGCCAUCGCAAAGCACUGCCCUCGUCUCGAGUGCCUGGAUCUGGAAGACUGCAUUCGGUUGACCGACCAGAGCCUGCGCGACAUUGGAAGACACAACCGGCGCCUCGCACGCAUCAUUCUCUCCAACUGCGAUCUGCUCACGGACGAUGGCAUCCGACUGCUGGCCAACGGUUGCCCAUACCUCGAUACUGUCGAAUUGGACAACUGCUCGCUGCUAACGGAUACCGCGCUCGACCACUUGCGCGUGUGCAAGUGGCUGAGCUCGGUGCAGAUCUACGACUGUCGCCUCGUCAGUCGCGAAGGGGUGCAAGCAUUCUUGAAGCACCUCAAAGAAGACCGAGAGCGUACAGUGUUUGAUCUACUGUACCACCAGUCCGAGGAGCAUCAGGCCGAGGUGCUCGAGAUUCUCCUGUCACGGCAACGCAAGACGUCGCUGUGCCGCUCGUUCUCGACAACGCCACCAGCUUCCCCUCUCGGUCGCGUUCGCGUUCAUUCAUUCCUGCUUCCGCUUCCCGGAGCAGCUGCCACCGAUCACGAUAACAACAACGAGAAUCAACAGCGCGCCGAUCGCCAGGCCAAUCACGCCCAGCACGAGGGCUUCCACGUUGGCGCGCGUGCAGCUCAUGUUAUUAUGCUCGCUCGCGCCUUCUUGAGGCGCCCUCGGUCGACGAGUGCCACGGCCACUGCCGCAACCACUUUGGCGAACGCCGUUCCUCUAACUGUCGCCGGGCCGGGUGCCAGAGGACCUGCAGCAGGUGCCGCCGAAGAAGCCGGCGUGAUCGUUGCUCCGCCGCAAACUCCCCCUCCAGCUUGGCGUUCAACGCGCAUGCUUGAAGAAAUGGAUGAAAUGGACGCCUUUGCCAGCAUCGAUCAUCGAAACGGGUGUAACAUUCUCUAGAAGUCGCGCAGCAACGCACAGUUUUUGUGUUCUCGUCAUGUUUUUUUUUUCGGGUUCCGCGAGGCAUGCAAGCGGGAUGGAAGAAGCUGUUGAAGCGGGGAUGCAUGCAUGUUAAUAUUGUAAUAUGGAACAAAAAACUUGUAAAGCUGAACUGAGAAAGAGUG